AUGCACUUCCUCGCUCUCGCUCUUCCCCUCCUCUCAGUCACCCUCGCCAGCCCCCUCCCCUCGCCCGAGACCGCCGAGCUCGCCGUCCGCCACGCCGCCGCCGCCCUCUCGGCCCGGACCUUCUUCGAGCACGACUGGCGCUGCUCGUCCGACUCGGCCAAGUCGGACUGCAAGUUCCAGGGUGACCAGUACGCGUGCGACUCGUCCUGCAACUGCGUCAGCGCCCCGCAGGACUCGGCCGUCUACUGCCCUCUUCGCGAUCUGAAGAAGAAGGCGUGCGAGCUCAAGAAGGGCUUCACCUUUGACGACGACAGCUGCGCGUGCACCGGCGCCAGCACCAGCACCAGCAGCUGUCCGGACGGCCUCGCCCAGUCGGUCGCGUGCAUCAAGGAGCUCGGGUGGUUCGACUUUGACUCGUGCUCCUGCCAGAAGCAGUCGGUCCCUUCUUACGCACAACCCUCUACCUCUCCCUGCUCGACCACCUCCACCGCGUCCGCUUCCUCUACCACAUCCACCGCAUCGACCACCUCCGCUGCUUCUACCGCCCCCACCACUGCCCCUUCCUCCCCCGCCUACACCUACACAAAGUCGGACCCUACCACCACCGCCAAGGCUACCUGCCCGGACAGCCUCACGCAGUCAAUCGCAUGCGUCAAGCAGUUCGGCUGGUUCGACUUUGAGUCCUGCUCGUGCAAGCAGCUCUCGGUUCCCGUCCCCUCCUACUCGGUUCCCUCCUACUCGAUCCCUUCUUACUCGGUCCCGGCCUACUCGGCCCCUGCCCACCCGGUCUCUUCUUACUCGGCCCCUUCCCCCACCGUAUCCGUUCCCGCCUACACCAAGCCCGAGCCUAGCCCCUCUUCCUACUCGACUACCUCCACCGCUAGCUCCUCCUCGGUCGCCUACUCGGCCGUCCCAUCCCCAAAGGCCAGCUGCCCGGACAGCCUAGUCCAAUCGCUCGCUUGCGUCAAACAGCUUGGCUGGUUCGAUUUUGACGCCUGCUCGUGCCAGCACGUCUCGGUCCCUUCCUACUCCAAACCCUCUAUUUCCAUCUCGGUCUCCAUCCCCGCGUACAGCAAGCCCGAACUUACCGUCUCGCCCUCCUCGACCACCUCCCCUGCGGCCCCCUCUGCCACCACCACCGCCAAGGCUACCUGCUCGGACAGCAUCGCCCAGUCGCUCGCCUGCGUGAAGCAGCUCGGUUGGUUCGACUUUGAGUCCUGUUUGUGCCAGAAACUGUCGGUCUCGGUUCCAGUCUACUCCCUCCCCUCCCUCGCCCUCUCGGCUCCCGCCUACUCCAAGCAGCCUGAGCCCACCACAUCUCCCUGCUCUACCACCUCCACCGCCACCUCGUCCGCGAAGACGUCCACCGCAACCACCACCUCAUCGGUCUCCACCGCAGCACCCACGUCUACCUGGUCGGCCAAGCCUCAGCCGACCGACAGCGGCUCGUGCGGAAACUCGUGGCUGGUCAUGCUUUGCAAGCUGAAGGGCAAGGGUUGCAACUCUCAGUGCAACUGCUUCUAA